CGAUAUAUUAUUUAUAGACAAAAGAUCAAUUACACAGAAUAGUUAAUGGGUUAGUGGGGAUGACAUGAUGGAGUAGUGGGUAUCAUUAUCAAAAGAAAAGCUCUUCACAAACAUUUUGAACGUGAAAUGAACAGAACGUUGAACUAUAUCAAAGGUUAUCAGCCCAGUUUAAUAACCUCCUUGUUUGAGUUUGAUGGAUCUAUAUUCGCCAUGUGAGCCAGUCUGCCAGAGGCGCGCCGUGCGUCAAGCAGGAUGUGGCUCCUCUCGAGGUGGGAGAGCUCUUGGCUCGGUUCAGUUACUAUAAGAAGAGACACCUCCCAGCUGAUCCCGUUAAUUUGCUUCCCUCCCUCUCCCUCCCCACCACCUCCACCUCCUCCUCUUCCUCCUCCGUGUGUUGCCCCCUCUCGGUAGGUCUGUCCUCAGCCCUGCUCCGCUCUCUCCGCAGACGAGCUGGAGCUGGAUGUCCGGACACUUGCUGCGCUCCUCUGAAUGAUCAGGAGGGAGAGAAGAAGGAGCGAGGAGAAGGAGAAUCAGUGGGACGCACAUGGCUCGAUGACAUGAUGUUCUUACCCUUUUCCCCUCUCCUCUCCACCUCUCUCCUCCCUGUUUUCCUUCUACUCCUCCUUUUCCUCCCUCCAUCCCUCGUCUCCUCUUCCCUUUCUUACACCCCAUUGAGUUGGACUUCGCCUCAUGACCCCUGCUACCAUCUAGACGGCCGCUCGCGACACUGCCUGUCGGAGUUCAUCAACGCUGCCUAUGGGGUCCCGGUCAAUGCUAGCCACUCGCUACCAGGGCCUGAUAAUGAUAGCAACAUCACCACCUUGACAGACCUUCAUAACCCUCACAACCUCACCUGCUGGAUGGCUCAAAGAGGUACUGACACCGGGAAAUGGGUUCUCACUGUACCACUGGGCCGUCGCUUUGAGAUCACCUACAUAAGUUUGCAGUUCUGCCAUCAGGGGGAACCAUCAGAUCCCAUCUCUAUCUCCAUCCUCAAGUCGAUGGACUUCGGGCGAACCUGGAAGCCAAUGCAACACUACUCCAGCAAUUGCCUUGAAAACUUUGGGCUGCCGUCCCAGACGGUGGCCCAGACCAGACAUCAAGAGACAGAAGCUCUCUGCUCAGACCCUCGACCACUGCAAAAGCAGAGGGGUGGCAUGGUGCUGGCGUUCUCCACCCUGGACGGACGACCGUCCUCUCCCGAUUUUGACCACAGCCCCACUCUCCAAGACUGGGUGACGGCCACAGACAUACGUGUGGUCUUCCAUCAGGUGUCCAAAGUCGUCAGCUCAGAUAAAAAAGAAGAUCCACAAUGGCGUGAUGGUGGAGAGGACGACAGAGAGACUGGACUUCUGAGGUGGAGAUCUGGCUUCAAGGGUCGCACUGGAGAUGAGGUCAACAAGUUAAACGCAGCUAAUACACUGGUAUUUUUUGACAGGGAAAUGAAAAACUCAGACAUAAGGGGGAGGAACAGGGGAGAGAAAGUGGACAAACAUGGAAGGAAGGGUCAUAAUAAAGGCUCAGAUCAAGAUGAAGAUGGACACAAUGUGACCAGCAAAGAAGGUGGGGAUAGUUUUGGCAUGGACACUCUCACUUCCUCAAAGAAGGGUGGGAAAGGUAGAGGGCGCGGUCAUAAGAAGGAGAACAGUAACUGGCUGCCUUGCCCUAAUGGCGGCUGCAAUUGGACAGUGGAGGGGCGGAGCAGGGGCAACAAAGGGCGGGAACUGAGGAAGAGGAGGAACAAUAAUCUCAACACGAGACAAAGUGCCAGGAAUCUUCAGUUGGCUACGCCGUCCGCUUUUAUCUCUCCUGUCCGACCUCCCCUGGCCCUCUCGGACCUGCAGGUUGGAGGCAGGUGUAAAUGUAAUGGACACGCUUCCAGGUGUCGCCGUGACGACACAGGCCGAGCAGUAUGUGUGUGUGAGCACCACACAGCGGGGCCAGACUGUGAUGUGUGUGAGGAUUUCUACUUUGACAGACCGUGGCAUCGAGCUACACCCACACACCCAAACCCCUGUGUUGCCUGCGAAUGUAACGGCCAUUCAAACAAGUGCCGCUUCAGCAUGGAGGUGUUUCAGCAGUCGGGCCGACGCAGCGGAGGUGUGUGUCAGAAGUGUCGCCAUCACACCGCCGGACGCCACUGCCAGUACUGCCAGAACGGAUACACUCGCAACCACAGCAAGCCACUGAACCACCGCAAGGCCUGCCAACCAUGUCAGUGCCAUCCUUUGGGAGCAGUGGGUCAUUGGUGCAACCAGACCUCAGGUCAGUGUCUGUGUCGAGAAGGAGUGACCGGCCUCAGGUGCAACCGCUGUGCCCCGGGAUACAAGCAGGGCAAGUCCCCUCUACGGCCCUGCAUACGAAUUCAAGAGGUCGCGCCAACCCCAGUGUACCAGCCUCAAUACAGCAUAGCGGAGGAGUGUGUUUCAUACUGCCAGCCUUCUCAGGUUAAAGUCAGGAUGAACCUGGAGACCUAUUGUCUCAAGGACUACGUGCUGAAGGUGCAGGUGAGGGGGAUGGAGCGUUCAGGUCCCUGGUGGCAGUUCUCCAUCUCAGUCCAAACCGUCUUCCGCACGGGGUCCACCUCCCGCGUCCGCAGGGGCUCCCACUCCCUCUGGGUCCCCGACCGCGACCUCGGCUGCGGCUGCCCCGCCCUCCACGUGGGCCGGACCUACCUCCUGAUUGGCGCAGAGGAAGGAGAGCGGGGCUGGGGCCCGGAGGAGAGUCGUCUGGUGGCGGACCGCUCCACCCUGGCCCUCCAGUGGCGGGAACACUGGAGCCCCAAACUCAGGGGCUUCCGGGGGCAGGACAAGAGGGGACGCUGCCCUCCGAAAUCCCCCAACAACCAGCACCACAGGGAGCACUCAAAACCCCAGACUGGGUACGUCCCCCCUCACCUGCUGAUUGAGAAAGACACUGACGGUGUGAACACACACUCUGCAAAUGUGGACAAGACUCAGAGCUCAGUAAAGCUGCCGCACACACACCCUCACGCAGAGAGCAAGGUUAAAUCCACAGCGGCGACCCCAUCACCCACUACACCUGCUCUGGUGUGUUCAACUCUUGGUCCUGAAUAAAAAAAAACACUAGGAGAAAUAAAGACAGAUUCUGACUUUCAUCCUCCACCAAAAAAGGAGAAUAAAGUGCUUUUUCAGACUUUUGAAAACAGACUUUUCUGAAGGUUCCAGGAAAAAUAGGACUGACUCUCCACAGAGAAACACAGACACACACCUGUUAUGUGAUGCUGAAAUGCCGAUCUAAAAAUGUGAACACUCACAUUUCUUCAUGUAACUGUUGCCAUUUGUGUGUCUCUGGAGGUUAAAGGUUAAACUCACAAUGGUGCAGUGAGUCCUGCAGCAUGACAAAGUGGUAAAUAAUGAAAUACCCACCGAAAAACAUGGUGCUAUGUGAAUUAUUAGUUAUGAGAAUUUUAAUAUUUUCUAUUAAAGAAACUUUUGAAAAUUAAAGUCUGACUAAACUCUGA